AUGUCUAUUAAUCGAUAUACGCGAACGGCAACUGAUGUACUCAGUUUACGUUUUAAUCAAGAUUCAACUUGUUUUAUAUGUGCUACAGGUGAUGGUAUUCGAAUAUUUAAUGUUGAACCAUUUGCACAAAAAGGUUUUCUUGAUGUUGGACGUGCUACCUAUGCAGAAAUGCUCUAUCGUACAAAUUUAAUAGCAUAUGUACCGGCUGAUCAUGUUACAGGUUUACCAUCGAAUGUUGUGAAUGUAUAUGAUGAUGAACGAAAAGUCCAUGUACUUGAACUUUGUUUUAGUUUACCAGUUGUUUCUAUACGAAUGUCAAGAACAAAACUUAUUGUUGUACUUGUACGCAAAAUUCAUAUUUUCUCUUUUCCUAAUCAAUGCCAACUUUUACAUACUAUUGAUACGAAAGAUAAUCCAAGAGGACUUUGUGAAUUAUCAAAUAAUGAUGGGUCAUUACUUGUCUUUCCUUUCAAUGCGAAUACUAAAGGUGGUUUUGUUCAAUUUUUACAUUAUCAAAUGGUAUCCGAUCCAAUGGAGCAAGCUGAUAUCGAUACGACAGUUUCGACAACAUAUUCGACUAGUCGCAGUAUUGAACAACAACAACAACAACAACAAAAUAAUAAUAAUAAUAAACAUACUUGGAAUUCCGAGCAACGAAAGCCGGUUUAUGGUAGUGAUAGUCAUUUAAUGAAUUCCAAUGGACACAAUUCUUCUUUUAGUCGUCCAUGUUACUCACCUACGAAAAGUGAUUAUGCUCAUGUAAGUAAAAUUGUAAUGACACCACAACGAAGACAACAAUCAAGUACUAAUAUUUUUGGUGUAUAUCCUUAUGCUCGAACAGCUAUACUUCAUGUUGCAAAUGCUAUAAUGCCAACAUCUUAUCAACGUCAACAAUCAAUUCGUUUACCAAGUACAAAAUCCCGUCAUCAUGAUCGUUAA